CCACCUGCUUUCUACCAUGAUCUUUGCAAGAUGCACGUUUUCCUUACAUACCAACUCGUGUUCCAACUCUGUUUGUUACCAGGAUGUCUUCACACCCUGAGACAUCCACUGUCAUAAACGCCACCAUACGGAUAGCGACUCAAGAUGAUGUCGAAGCAGCCGCUACAGUAUUGAUGCGCGCUUUUUCGAACGAUCCAGCCAUGAACUGGUGGGGAUGCGUUAAAAGAGAAAACGAAGUAACGGACUGUAACUCACCAAGUCGUCCCAUGGUACAGACAAUGGAGUGUCUUCGGAAAUUUCAGCGCUGCCUUGUCAAGAUGACCAUGCUUGUUGGUGGCAUCGUUACGCUCGCUGUAGUACCGUCUAGUAACGAGAAGGAGGAGCGUGUUGUUGCGGUUUCCCUUUGGUUGAAGCCGGGACAAACACUUGAUGUACCUCUGGGUACGCUGCUCAGGGCCGGAGCCUGGUCCGUUGCGAUGGGUUGGGGUAUACGCGGUAUCAAACGUCUCUUUGUGGAUUUUACGCCUCACGUAGAGGACACUCUCCUCAAAGCGUACAAAGCACGAAACAUCGACCGUCUGGAUUCAUGGCAUUUGCUCGAGGUCGUCGUAGAUCCAGACUGGCAGGGAAAAGGCAUGUCUUCUCUUCUCAUGAAGGAGGGAUUCGCUCGCACUUCACCAAAAUCCGUCCAUCUCGAAGCGACAACCGUGAAGAAUAGAGAUAUAUACGCUCAUUUUGGGUUUGAGAUCGAUGAGGAACAUUUAUUUGGAAAAGGCCAGGUCGAUCAUAAGGGACUGGCGGCCAAAGGUGCAGCCGCCACUGGUUAUCCGGAAUGGGUAAUGACGAAGUGGGAAACAUAGGUACAUAGUUCUUCGUGUACUCGAGUUCACUUCAGUGUUUCACCUUAUUUAUCCAGCAAGCCGUAAUGUUUUCCCUUGGACUUGGAAGCCUUGGUGCACUCACAUCAGCGACCCCUCAAAUGAAUCUUCCAUCAUUGCUGUGUUGUCUUCGAGAUUGAAGGAUAUUCUUGCUACGUAAUAGUUUGUUUGACUCUGCAUCAUAUAUCAUGCAUCAUGUUCCAUUGAUCAGGUAUCAACUGCAGGUUGCAGCUUCGAAUU